ACAGUGGGGAAGGCUGCACUCCAUGGACAGCACACAGAGAGCAGGCUUCCUCCUGGCCAUGUGAGCAAGUAAGGGGUGUCCUCUGGAGCGCUGCCACCCCUGUAUGGGUGAACCUCAUCUUCCUGACCUCCCCCUUCAGCACAGUGUUUUACUGGAGAUGUCUGUGUGUGCCUCUGGCUGGGAUUUUGGGUCCCUUGGGACCCAAUGGAAACGGGCUGUGGAUGCCAUCGAGGUGGUUGUGCUUUAUCGUGUCCUGAUUGCUGUACUCGUGUACAGUGAGCAGAGAGCAUUGCUCACACUGGAAAGGCAUAACAGGGAGAUCCAGAGCCUUGUAAGGGGAAGCAAAUGAGCACUGCAGAUGGGAGAGAUGUCCAAGACCACAUCCGAUGCACUGAUAGGACGACAGAAGGACACUGAAGCUGAGCACGACCCGGAGGAGCUCGAUGUGCAAAACAGAAGUACUGAAGUGACCUUUGAAACAAAGGACUACAAAGUGACAGCAGGCUGCAUUGCUGCCAGCAGUGAGUCGAGUGGAACAUCCAGUGAUGGCCAGGAUGAGGAUGACCAGGAUGAAACAUGCUUUGCUGUUUCUCUGUCUCCCAAAGGAAUCAGGACCAGCAGGAAAAGGCCAAAGAUAAAGAGCAAGCAGUCACCGGUGCAGAAGAAAAUGAGAAUAGUAGAAGUGGAAGAAGAGCCAUUGCUACCAGUAAAGGCGGAGGCUGCAGAAAGAGCAGCUCAGGAACAGGAGAACAGAGCAGAAGUAGCACAGGAAGCGACGGGGCAGUGUGUAUUGUCUGACAUUAUCAUGCUCGUGAUACUCAUCCUCGUUGUAUUCAUGGUCUUCACGCACCUCACUCUGGCAGUGGUGGUCACGGUCUGCUGCUGAGCUUCAGGCUGGGAAGAGAGAGAGAGAGGCAGCAGCCACGUGUCAGCAGUGAGUGCAGAACUGGAGAAUGCGUUUCUUUUCUCUCCCUGAGAUGUGCAAUGAGCUCUUCUGGUGGCCAAUUAAAGGGCUGGGAGGAGAGCGAGAAGUCGGUGCUUUGUGUGUACCUGGUGUUGCUCCAUGCAGUGGUUCCUAUCUGCUGGCAGCGUGAGCUGCUCUGCUGUUCCUCCUCUGAAGCCUGCUUGGCUCAGAGCUGGGAGCUGUGCGUGGCUUGGAGUUAACUGAGCUGCUCCAGGUGGGGUCACCCCAGUUUAGAAUCAUAGAAUCGCCAGGGUUGGAAAAGACCUCCAAGAUCAUCCAAGUCCACCCAUCCACCAACCACCAAUAUUUCUCCACUGAACCACUUACAAGAAGGCCGGGUACCAGAGGUGAUGGCAAAAGAGCAACAAGAGGUUCCUCACCUACUACUGACUGUUAUCUUUGAGAAGGUAAAGCUCCUCUAUGCUCCGGUUGUAUUACAGCUGGGGAAACACCAAGCUGGCAAGACAGGCAAUGGCUCUAACCUAAUACAAGCCAUGGAGGCUCAAGGAAGGGGUUAACCACAUAGCCUUGUCCAUCUGGAAAUGUUACUGAGAAGGGGGAAUGGUGACAGUGCCCGGUGCUGUUAUAGUGGGCCUUUGCUUUGGUAUACAAAUGUUCCUAAUUCCUUCUCUUAAAAAAAUAACGAAGUGGAGUGGGAGGAAGAAUGAGAGCAAGAUCCUGGCCAUGUGAGGUGCUGCAGCUUAAGCUGUGCUUCGAAAGGAACCUCUCAGUCUGUUGCAUAGGAGGUGGGCUUGCUGGGUGUGCUGGAAGUGACAGCCGCAGCCUCAGGCAGUGGUAGCAACCCUGAUACUGUGACCAGUCCUGCAAUGGGGUCUGUGCUCAGCUGCAAGUCUCGUUAGAGUUGGAUUUCAAUUAAAAGCACAUUCCUUAAUUCAAACUGGGGAGACACAGAGCUUCCUCCACCCCCGGAGGAGUUCGGUUUGUGCCAAGUCUCCUCCAGCUCCCUGGAAAAGGAGUGUGGCAGCGUGGGAUCCUGCCAGAGCUGAGCAGGAACUCAUCCUCCUUCCCUGGGGGUUGAGCCCAGCACGUGCUGUGCUUGUUCAUUUUAUGGAGCACAUCACCAAAACAAACACGGAGCGGUGCAGAGGUGGUGAGCUGUGCCCCAUCCCACCUCACACCCCCCUGCUCCCAGUUUCCCAGGCACUGAAGGUGAUGGUUGGGGUAUCUGUGACACGUAUGAUAUCUCAGCUUGUUUUCUUGGCUAACAGCAGUGGGUCAGGUGCGAGGUAAGGAAAUAAGGUUGCAGUGCCUCUCUGUUCUUGCAUGCUGCGUACUAAAGGAGCUAUGGAGGACUGCAUUGGAACUGCUCAUGAUCAUCCUGGGUCGCCUUGGGCACCUCUAAAUACAGUAAUUCUUCCCCAUAAGGUUUUACUUUAAAUGUGUUUGGUAGGGUUUGAGGCCUCGUAGUGCCUGCUUUUGCCUUAUUCCUGUGACUCCUAUGGGAUUGUUGGUGCUCCAUCCCAUUGCCACGCACUGCCCCAGCUCUGCUGCUGACCCAUCCUGGGGACACAUCCCAAGCUCUCCGCAUCUCCAGCUUAAUGCACUGCAACCUUCUCUACCAGAGAGCUGUCAGCAAGGAUCUGUGCCUGGAGGAAACAGCCCAGGCAGAGUAAUGAGAGCAGAAUCAGUGCUAAAUGGGGAACAGCCGAAGUGCUGCAGCAUGGAGGUCAAUUGUAAGCAGCUUUGCUGUAGAAAAGCACUGUGUUCUGAGACACCCCCAGGAUGGGCAGUAGUUGGACUCAAAGAGAGGAGGCUGUAGAGGAUGAGAGGUGGUCUGAUGGGUGAGCAGCUCUUCUUCCUUCACUGUUGGCCUUGUUCUGCGUGGGGAUGGCUUUUUCUCUGCUGCCAUCGUCAUCUGAGCAGCUCAGAAUGCACCCAUUGCCCCUCCUGGCUUUGCUGGGCUGAGCUCUGUGCAAACAUUGCUGGAGAUCCUGGAGCAGCCAUGGAAGUGCUUGCUGGGUUGGAUGUGAAUUGCUGCAGACGGACACAUGCAGAGCAUCACAAAAGCAUUGAGUGGUGGAGCCCGGAAUAGAACUUCCAGACCCAAUGAGAACAGGAUAAAAGCACAUUGAUGGAGAUUCAUGUGUUUGCCCAUGAAUUUGGCUUAGGGGAUCAGCAAAACAGAAGGAAGGAGAUGCUCUGGUGGAAGUAUUUCCUUGUGCCAACCUUUGAACCAAAGCAUCUGACAUUACUUCCUUUUGAAAGUGGUCUUCUUCUUAAAGCACUAAAUACUUCCCCAUGCAGCCCCCCCAGAGGAAAGGAAUAUCCUCUACAAUGUGAAUGAACGCUUUUGCCAGUAGGAAUUAAUUCACCGAUGUCAUAUUUCUGCUGAAUCAAAUCAGAAUGAUCCCAAUGCUUUCCCCCCUCCCUGUGCCCCUUUCAGACCUGCUCCUUGCAGCCCUGCUGGGUGCUCUGUCAAUGAUUAACCCCUGCUUCCUUUGAAGCCCAGACAGCAAAACCCACAGUCCAAAGUCCCUGUGCUUGCUCAGGGCUCUGCCCGUGGGCUAUAAAAACCCUCAGGUGCUCCUCUGCAUCACCACAUUGGGCUGCUGGGGCCAGCAGGUGGGGUCCCCCAUUGCAACGCAUGCUCUGAGUGCAAAGAGGUGCAGCAAAGCAUCGCUUUAUCUCCCAAUCCUGCUAACUGCAGCUGAUCUCCAGCCUCACUGCGGGCUCUUUUCGCAGCAGCUGUCUGCUCUGAGUGCCUGGUUGCAUGAGAUGGUGUCUCCCUGUGUUUGUCAGAGAGGCGCACGCAGCUGGUGGAUUUCUCCCCAUGAGUGAAGCGUUCUGAUGGAGAGAUCCCAAAGCUCUCAGCUCCUGUCUGCCUGCAUUACAGUGACUCUGUGCUGCGGCCAGCUCAGGGCCCUGCGGGAGAGAGAGCUAAUUAAUUAACUAGUUAAUUAACUGUCAGGAUGCCAGAUCUCUGCAAGAAAUGACAGGGCCAGACUGGCUGCUGCCUCCAGUCCUGCAGUAUCCAACAGCCCCAGGGUAAUGCUGGCACCCAGGUGUGCAUGGCAAGCAUUGCAUGGAUUUAUUGCCUUCAUCCACAUGAUUCUGAUUUCUUCAGCAGGAACGUUUGUUGGGUGUGUAGGAGUGCUUGCUGGCUUUCUCCCCGUCUUCCAUCUCCUCGUGUUCACCACUCCUCACUUACAUACAUGGAGUGGUCCCACUGAGAGCAUCCAUUGGGUGGAGUUGGCUCAACCCAGAGAUGAAGCUGAAAAUAAAAUACUACUUUUCGGUUUAUUUGGGUAACUGACAGGAAUUCCAGCAACCUUCCUGCUGUUCCCAUGGAAACAGCUGUUGGCUUGCAGGAGCUGCUCCAGGUACCCAGCACUGCUGCUGUUCCUUUAACACUGACGUCACCUUUGCCAUUUCAAUUUGCAGAAGUUACCUUUUCCCAUUUUGCAGCACAGCUCUGGAGUUUCCCUGGGCCAUCCCCAUCCAAAGGGACGCAAAGCUGUGCAGUUUUCCCCACUUGGAAAGCAUCCACCUUGUUUUCAGCUUGGUGAUGCGUUACGAAGACGAAAGGAUGUUUGCAAAUGGGACUGAUGCUGCUGUCCUGAGCCAAGGCUCUCUUUGGCCCCCCAGCCCACCGUGCACAUGGAAAUGCCUUUUCCCUAUGGGAAGGCUUCCUCUUGGAGGCAGGAUGGAGAGCUGCAGGAUGGAGAGGUGCAUUCGUGUGCCCAUUCCCACACCCCAGGUAUCUCUGGUGCCCAUCCAGCAUUGAUGGGAGCAGGCAUAAAGCUUUGGGCUCUGUGUUCCCACCAACGUUUGGCCUUUGCAGAACUCUGGAGAGGACUCAAGAAUCACAGCAUGGCUUUGGUUGGAAGGGACCUUAAAGAUCACACUGUUCCAACCCGCUGCCCUGGGCAGGGUUCAGUAUAAAGACGUUCUCUUCUCUAUGGAGAAGCCUGUAUGAACUGAAUUGAGCAGAAGGAGGAGGAUAUUGAGGAGGAAACCCCAACAGCUGCUGAUAAGGGCUUGAGUGGGCAUCCUGGCUUAGGACUGCAGCACAGACAGCAGUGGUUGCACGAGAAGGGCUUUUCCCUAUAGCAAAGCUCCAAGUUUGCUUUGAACCAAAGCAGCAGCAAUGCUUUCCCUUUGCCCAUCCCAUUCAUUUCCUUCAGCUCGCAGCCUCUCCUCCCCUUCCCCAUGAAAGCCACUUUCCUGCAGCUGCAUUUUGGUGGUCUGAGGUUCCUUUUUGCGCCGUCUUUUCCCUCUGGUUGUGAGCUCACAGCCUGCAAACUCACUGCAACCCUUCCCUCAGCUGCUGGGCUGACCUGCAAGCAAACUGCUUACUGACAACAGCAGCCCACAAAUACAAGCAUCCAGUAAUGGCAGGCUGCUCAUAGCACCCCCCCUACACACACACACCCCCGUUAAAACCCAUUUCCAUGAGGUCUCUUAAAAUUUCUUGGGAGGUAAAUGCCUCUGUAAUGAACGUUGUAAUGGUAGAUAGGCCCCGUGCUUAAGGUUUUUAUUUAAAUGUAAAUUGAAUCCUCCCACUGGAAAGCUAACAGCAGAUUAGAAUCGCUGGUAGGAGACCAGAGCUUGCUUUUAUGUCGUCAUUUGAGUCAACUUCUUGUGGAUUUCCUAAUUUUUCUUGUUUUAAGCUGCUUUAAUGUAGUUUCCUAUCUGGAGCAGCAUGAGGCAAAGCUGGGCUGGAUGGCCACGGGCUGAGCGUGGGGUCAGAACUGGGGGGGUUUCCGAGCAGAGCUGAGCUCCAAACCUCAUGAGGUCACCUCUGGGGGUGGUAACCCCUCCUCCCCCCCCACGUCUGAUCCAGGAUGAGAGCUGAGGCUCUUCCAGCUCUGCAGGGCGCGGGUCCAAAAUUGAUGGGAGAUACACUGAGAGGAUCUUUCUCCUUCUGAUUCGGCUCAGAAAUGUUUUGUUUCGUGGGUUUUUUUUUUUUUCCUGGAGUCGGAGUUAUUCUGCAUCACCUUCGGGAGAACAAGAGAAGAAAAUCAGGGCUGCAAAAGCCUUCCACGGGGAACGUUGGCUCUGAGAAGUUUGGGGCCCAAAGGUCCCUACAUCCCAGUGCUGGCCCUCCAUCCUUAACGUGUCCUCUGCCGUCCGUGCCCACGGAGCAGCCGUCCCCAGCUCAGCAUCCCCUCUCCAUCCCUCCCUCCCCGACCGCUUUUCCUUUUGCAGCCGUGGAAGGGGAGGGCGGGGAGGGCCGUUGUGACAGAACAUCCUGUGCGAGCGUGGGGAGCCAUAAAAGGCUUCAAGCAUGGCUCUGCUAAUCCGCCCCGCACGCGCACCCGCACGCACAGCCCCGGCGGCGGCACCGAGGAGGAUCCCGACGGCCGCAGCAGAUGGGAGAGCUCCGACACCGCUCAUCCCACGCCUCCUUGGAAGCGGGCGAUUGAAGCCCGGGGAUUUCUACUCGUUUUCUCGGAGCCCCCCCCGGCCCCCACCCGAGGGAUGGAUGCUCUCGCGUUGGAGAUGCCGGCGCUCGGGGCUUCGCUGGGCUGAAAUUGAGGAGCGUUUGUAGUGCCGACAGAUCCGAGCUGGAGCUGCUGACUCCCGCGUGGAGCUGUGAUUCCUUCCCGGGGUUUGUGCUAUUUCCAGCUCCUGUUGCCCCCAUUCCUGUGACGCCCAUCCCCGUGUGCUGGGAGCAAACCCUGGUUGGGAGCACGCUGCGCUCUGCUCCGUUUGCAGCUGCUUUUCCCAUGCUAUAGGACAGCCCAGGGCAUAUCUUGCAUGGAACCAAGGCUCAGCUCUGCGUGAGCUGCUGAGGCAGACGUGGAUCUGCAGGAUGAGCAGAGCUGCAGGCAGAGCCUAGCUGCCCCGCCAGCAGCAGAUGGAUGCUGACACCAUGGAGGUGGCCAACACCAGAGAUUUCCAAUGGAAGACCCUCUCCCCUCUGCCGAGCCGCCGCGUUUACUCCACGCUGGUGGAAGUGGGUGGGCAGGUGUUCGCCAUCGGGGGCUGCGAUGACAACGGUGUCCCCAUGGACUGCUUUGAGGUCUAUUCCCCCGAGGCUGACCAAUGGACGUCGCUGCCCCCCAUGCCCACGGCGAGGGCCGGGGUGGCGGUGGCCACGUUGGGCAAACGGAUCAUGGUGAUCGGGGGUGUGGGGGCCAACCAAGUGCCGCUGAAGAUCGUGGAGAUGUACAACGUGGAUGAGGGCAAGUGGAAGAAGAGGAAUUCGCUGAGGGAGGCGGCCAUGGGCAUCUCGGUGACGGCGAAAGACUACAGAGUGUAUGCAGCCGGAGGGAUGGGAGCUGAUCUGCGGCCACACAACUACCUGCAGCACUACGACAUGCUGAAGGACAUCUGGGUGUCACUGGCAGCCAUGCCCACAGCACGGUACGCUGCCACCUCCUUCCUGCGGGGCACCAAGAUCUACGUGCUGGGGGGAAGGCAGUCCAAGUACGCCAUCAACGCCUUCGAGGUCUUUGACACCGAGACCAGAUCGUGGACCAAGUUUCCCAACAUCCCCAAUAAAAGAGCCUUCUCCAGCUUCGUGCCCACCGAAGACAAACUGUUCAGCCUCGGGGGUCUGCGGCAGGGCCGGCUCUACCGGCAGCCCAAGUUCAUGAGGACCGUGGAUGUGUUUGACUUUGAGCAAGGUGGUUGGAUGAAGAUGGAGCGCUCCUUCUACCUGAAGAAACGGCGAGCAGACUUCGUGGCUGGCUACCUGAAAGGCAGAGUUGUCGUGGCUGGGGGACUGGGAAACCAGCCGACCGUCCUGGAGUCUGCAGAAGCUUUCCAUCCUGAGAAGAACAAAUGGGAGAGCUUGCCCCCCAUGCCCACCCCACGCUGUGCCUGCUCCAGCAUCGUGCUCAGGGGCUGCCUGCUGCUGGCGGUCGGUGGGGUGAGCCAGGGCUUGAGCAGCGCGGUGGAAGCCCUCUGCCUUUCUGACUCCUAGCAGUGGCCCUGUGGUCCCCUCUGGUCUCCUUCAGAGCUCCUGAGAGGGAGGGAAAACCCAGAGGAAGGGACUGCUUGCAGUGUUUGUGCUGUGUGUCCUGCCAGCGGGAAGGGCUCUGCAGGGUGGGCUGUGGGUGAGCAUUGCCCUGCUGCCACCCAAACGCACCGCAGGUUCAGAGGGGUCAGCCAGGUGAGAAUGGGGAGAGCCCAUCGGAGAUGUGAUGCCCUCUUUGGGCGCUCUGAGGUCUGUGUUUUCUCCUCGGUGUGCAGGAAGGGGAACUCCAAAUCUGUAUCCAGGUGCAGGGGAUCGGUCUUUUGCCUUCAUAGAAAGGCUUUUCCUGCAGGCCCAUAGCUGUGACUGCCACUUGGCUAAGAGCUGGAGCAAGGAGCUGCCCGUGCUCCUGGGAGGGAUGGAUGCCCAAAGGACUGCUUUGGUGAGAGGUUGGGUGUUACUUUUGGCACAGGAGUAGCACAAAAAGGCCUUUGCAGGGUUUCACGUAGGGAUGGCGUCCAGUGGGGUUUGAGUUCCUACAAUUAUUUGGGAUCUUCUGUUCAGUCCUGGGAGAAAGGAGCAAAAAGGAGCCCCGCUUCCAGAGUACUGGGCAAGGGUUUUCCUAUAGCUUUGCUCUGUAGGGAGGGCAGGGAGCCACGGCCACGGCUUCUGGUUGGUUUCAUUCCUUCAUUUGGGAGGGUUGGAGCCACUGGCUGACCCUCCAAGCUUGUAGCACCAUUAAAAGCUGCCCCCAGAAAACCCCUCA